UUAAUCGUUUUGGUGUAGAAUUCGGUUAUCUGUAUUAUCAUUGCCUUUCGGCUUUCGUUGGACAUUGCGUCAUUUACUAAAUAAGAAACAGAAAGCAGUGACCCUGAACUAUAUUAAAAAAAUAGUGUCAUCUCUCACUUUACAAUGUGCUGCAGUCGACCGUAAAGCUAUGAGGAUUAAAAUAGCAUGUCGUCGAUUUAUUGCACAACACCUUGUACAUGUUUGAAAACCUUCUACAGAGUUCCAUUGAUUUGUCGGCUUUUUGUAAUCUGCUGAAUGUGCACGGAAAAUUCCAGAAACCCAUCGGCACAUUACUGCCCGUUGGAAACAACACAAUGAAAAAACUGGAAGAGGAAAUCUUCUAGCUCUGAAUGAACAAGACGGAUGGCUAAUGGGAGGAAACAUGCUGGAUGCUUGGUCUUCGGGACACAGUCAGAAUUCAAGUUCACAGGCAAUAGACCAAAGCCAAUCCGAGUCUUUGAUGAUUCUGACCUGGUGAGUGAGGUAGAUGGGCCCCCACAGCCGUCCACUAGGACCGAGGGACCUGGUAAGGAGGAAGCGGCCUUGGUACCGCGGUCUGUACCAUCACACCUACUCAUGAUCUCCAUCUUGGAACAGCUAUGUGUGGCCUAUGCCAAGGAUGAAGUCAAGGGGAGAGAACUGUUUAAGAUGAUCAGCGAACACCUGAUUAAGAUGGACGUUGUCUCCCCCAUGACUGUGCUAGACGAGAUGGGCAGUAUCAGAACCCAGUACAGAUACUUCAUGCACAAUGUACUCAGGGCAGCCAUGCUGAAACUCACAUCGAGACCUCUCAGGGCACUACCAUCAGCAGGACGGCUAAGUGAAGACACAGUCAGGUUAGACACUCAGCAUUACUCACUGCUGUCCUCUGAUGAACUGACCCAGAUGCAGACAUCUAGGUACAAGUCAGAAUUUACAGAAAUCUCUCGAAUCGGAAAAGGUGGAUUUGGGACUGUCUAUAAGGCCGCGCACAAAUUAGAUGGAACUGACUAUGCCAUAAAGAAAAUACGAUUCAAACACUCAAAACCAGAAAUAUGGCUGAAGGUUCUGAGAGAAGUGAAAGCUCUAGCGACUUUGCGCCAUUCAAACAUUGUGGGAUACAAUGGUGCCUGGCUGGAGCACCAAACCAGGGAUACUGAUGGUUACACCAAUGUAACAGAGCCUGUAGGAGGUUAUGAAGAAAGUGGGAUCAAUGAUGGCAGUGAAUCUGAAGACGGCAUAUUGUUCAUGUCCCAUUCCAAAAAAUCUUUUGUGCCAUCCAGCAGAGUGAAAGUUGGCUCUCCGGGGAAAAUUACUGAGCUUAGUGACAGUGGUGAUACAGAUGGUAGUACUACAGAUGACUCGUGCGAAGCUUGUGACAGACUGAGGGGAAAUCAGUCUAGUCGAGAUAGAGUUGGUCAUUUCAAUUUAUUUUCACUUCAAAGACAGGAGAAUUUCACUAGAAGUUCUUUCAAACACACAUGCAAGAGAAAAAUAUCUGACAAAAACAAUGAAGGUAUCCCCGACACCCUCUCCUUUUCUCAAAAAUUGGUUGCCAUAAGAAGCAAGUUUUCCCUAGAUGUAAGUGCCGUGUUUGAACAGACAGAUGUAAGUAUGUUCUGGAGUCAGGGGUUUGUGACCAGGAGGAGCCUCAGCUGUGAUCCAGCUAUCAAUGGGGAGAGGGUAUACAGACAUCCACAAGAAGAGAGCAGUCAAUAUUCGGAGGACAUCAUUAAUUCCAAGAUGCAUGUCUGUCUGUUUAUCCAAAUGGAGUUAUGCAGUGUGACACUGGACCAGUGGAUCAGGAGGAGAAAUAGCACAUGUAGCUGUUUAAAAGAUUUCAGAAAUGACUACUCUGGACUGAAUCUCAAGAUAUUCAAACAGAUAUUGAAAGGUGUGGAUUUCAUACAUUCUCAGGGACUCAUUCACAGAGAUCUCAAGCCAAAAAAUAUCUUCAUCAAUGAACCCGAGAACCAUGUGAGGAUUGGAGACUUUGGCCUGGCAAAGGACGAUCUAUUGUCACCAUCAGCUGAUAGCUUCCUAUUAACGCCAACACCAGAUUCCACAGGUGAUUUUAUGUGGAGUGACCACACUUCUGGGGUUGGAACAAGGACAUAUGCCUCGCCAGAACAGCUCAAAGGCCACUCCUACAAUAACAAGUGUGAUAUCUACAGCCUGGGGGUACUGCUGUACGAGAUAUGUAAUAAGUUUGAUACAGAAAUGGAGAAGUCGCAGCACCUCGGAGAACUAAGAGACGGAUAUUUGGACGAGGGUUUUACGGAGAGCUGUCCAACUGCGGCUAGUGCUGUGAAAAAGAUGACAUCCCUCUUCCCCCACCACCGUCCAACAGCCAAGGAGCUUCUACAGAGUGAACUCUUCCUCACCAAAGACCAGGUUAUUGCACAAAUGAAGAAGAUUGUGGAUGAAAAAGAUGCAGAAAUCCAGCGACUGAAUCAUCUCCUAGAGCAGAAGGAGCGUCACCUGAGUAGACUACAGGACGAGGCCGACAAACCUCUUCCUAACCUCAGCUUCCCUCCUGGUCUUACAUUCACACCACACAAACCUAAAUUUUGAUAGAGAGUUCAAUUACACAAAAUUCUAGUCUUACAGGAAAUUCAUUGUCAAAAUGAGUUCUAGAUGAUAUCAGUAGUUUCAUUACCAUGUAUGUAGGUGUGCCUUCAAUUAAUAAGACAAUCUGUGAUUGAUUUUAUUUACUUGAUGCAAAUACUGUUACUAGAAUCUCAGCAAUGGAUGUAAAUACUAUUAUGCUUGAAUGUGAUUAUCAAUAAUGAGAUUUUAUACUCUUGGUCAGUUUCCGUUAAUAACCCACACCAUAUACCCACCGUAAACUUCAAACCAUUAUUCCAUGACGGUGAACAAGAUAUUAAUCCUACCGUAUCCAUUCCAGUUUUCUGUGAUUCCAUGGGCAGUGGAGUCAGAUAGCUCUGUUGUUAAGUGUGAAAUCCAUGUCUUUUUUCCAAGUGUAUGAAAUUUGGGUCAUUUUUGAGUGUUUGAAAUUUGGGUGUAUGAGGUGCAUUUCAUUGAGGCUUGAGUGUAUUAAGUUCAUGUCAUUGUGAAAUCCAGAUCAACAUGAGUGAGUGAAACCUUGACCAAUUUGAGUUUGAAUUCUGGGUAGUAAUUGAGACUAGGUAACAUUGAAGAUAUUCCACUUCCUGUCGUCGAGCUAGAUUUGUAAUCAAAAACUUUAUUUAGCAUAAACGUUUCCUUAAUGCAACAAAAUUUGUAAAUUUUCAGUGAUGUUUGAAGAGUCUUGGGUUAAAAAGGACAAAUCAUUUGCACCAUGCAAAUGUGGUAACCUUUAGCUAUACAUGAAACACUGCUCUACAUGUUAUCGCCUUAAGUUGAUAUUUCAUGAAAUGAAAAUGUGUUACAGCUGGUAUUGUAAUUGUUUCAUGAAGAGACGCUUUUUAACC